AUAUAACAAUUUGUGUAUGACCUUUUAAAUUUAUUUUCCCCCAUGACACUUCUGGUUCAAUGGGCAGCCCGGUUUUACACAAAUCAAAGUUAUGCCCUCACUGCGGGGUCACUGAUGGACAGGGGUGAGCAGCUUCAAGUCUCCAGGCAUCAACAUCACAGACGAUCUAGCUGGGCACAACACAUCGUUGCAAUCUCAAAAAAAGUCACACUAGUGGCUCUACUUCAUUAGGAUUUCAGAUUUGCUGUGCAUCAACGGCUUACAAAUUUCUGUACAGUAGAUGUAACGAUUCUAUAGAUGUACGGUAGACAGCAUUCUGACUGGUAGCAUCACAGCAUGGUAUCCAGAGUCCAAUGCACAGGAUGACAAGAGACUGUGGAAAGCUGUAGAUUUGGAGAGCUCUAUCAAGGGCGCAACACUUCCCACCAUCAAGAAGGCAGUAGUGUAUCCAUCAUUAAAGGCACUCACCACCCGGGACACUACUACCAACGGCAGGAAGCUACAGGGGUCUGAAGACCCACACUCAACGAUUCAGAAACAGCUCCUUCCCCUCCAACAUCAGAUUUCUGAAAGAUCCGUGAACACUACCUUAUUAUUCCUUUAUUUCACUAAUUAUUUACUUUGUAACUUAUAGAUUGUUGCACGACACAGUGCCACCGCAAAGCAAAGAAUUUCAUGAGUGAUAAUAAAUGUGCCUCUGAUGAGGGUUGUAGUGAGGGGCGUGUAUCUGACGUUCCCAUGCAACACUGAGGGCGUGCCAAGCAGUUGUCCUUCCAUCCCAAGGCACUCUUUUGAAGAUGGGGAAAGAGCUUUGCUAUUGUGCCAUAUCCGAUCUUCCUUCACCCCCUUCAACCAACAUCACUAAAAGAACGGCCUGGUUAUUUCCAAUUGCUGCGUGUGUGCUUCUGUUUUAAGCAAAGUGGCGACGUACCGGAACAGCGAGCACAUUUCAAAAACACUGCUGGUUGUAGAGGGGUUUGGGAUGUCCUCAGCCAGGACUGGAACUCAAGGCUGCAUUUUCGGUCUGGUUUAUUCUAUCGAUCUCAAACAUUGAUAUCAGAAGCCUGUUUCAACCCGACUUAGUUUCCCAUUGGCAGGACCCUCUCGACCACCCCUCCCUUCCCCAUCUUAUUCUCAUAACGAGCGAGUGUAAUGGUUAGUUUAAAAUAGUACUUUAUUCAAUCGGCAUAACUGACGCAUAGCCUAUGAAUAGUUUUGGUUCUGACCCAGUGAGAGUGUUCAAUGAAGCGCCGCGAACAAAAACCAAGCGAAACUCCGAGUGGAACUUAUUUGACGGUCCACCUCAGCUCGCAUCCGCCGGAGGCAAUGGACUCAUGCCCAGCCACAAGCGAACGGCACUCAGUAUUGGCACUGUGAGUUUUUCCCUCGGUCAGACAUGGAAGUCCUGUGCUCGGUGGGAUGUCGGCUUGGGGAGUGGAGACAUUUGACCAAAUGUCUGGGUGGUGACCUGACUGUUAGGACUGUGCAGCCCGUGGCUGGCUCAUGCUUCGCCUUCAUUUGUCACUGGCGGCGGCUCGGAGCGCUCCCGUGAAUGGCGCGGACACUAGCACCGGCAAGAGUCUGCCCCGGGCACUGGGAGCCCCGCUGCCCGCUCGUCCUAGCCCGACUUCUGGCGGCGUGACAGCAAACGGUGGCGGCGCGCCAAGGUGGCGGCGGGAAGAAAGGGAGUGGCCAAAGGACGCGGAGAACAGCGGAGGGGGCUCAGUGUCCGGAGCGAAUUCGGAGGCGGGUAGCAUGGUGAGGAAGGGGCAAACCUCGGGCGCCCCUCGCCGAAUCAGUGCCGACGCAGAGGAAAAUCAGGCGGACGAGAGUGACCAUUCGGGUUACGACACGGCCGUCGGCUACUCAGAUUUCUACGAGAGCUUCAGCGAAUGUGCAGAAUCUCCGCCGAGCAACGGCGAUGCUGGCACGGAAGAUUUAUGCUCGUGCUUGGGGUCGCAAGCGGGGUCUAAGGGACCGGUCUCGAACUCGGAACCAGACGGGAGCUCCUCCUCCGGCGUGUUGCUGUGGGACCAUAUGCAACCUUGCAGCAGAGACGAAGCACAUUACAUCAGCACCCAUGAGAUUCAGCUCUAUGAACUGGACCACGAUGGCGAAUGCGAGCUCGGUGCCGGCUGGGAUGAGGAGGAGAGCAGCGCCUGUUACUCCUGCAGAGACAGCAGCUCUCUCGAGAGCGACGCAUCCGAGGAAAGUUGCCGGACUCCUCUGGGCACAAGUUGCGCCGGAGAUCUGCCGCCGGCUUCUAGCGCCGUCUCCCCCACCCGGCCAGUUACCGGUGUCCGGGACACUCGUCCGCCGAAAAGUCGGCCUGAGAGCGAGGAUUCUGGCGAACGGCUUCACUUGUCUAUUCAGGCGGAUUCCCACGCCGUAGGCAAACGGAGCGGAGCCCAAGAAAAGCGAAACUCGCCCGCCGCCAAUUUCUUGGAAUCGGGGAAUCAGUGCACGGUGGAAAAUAUGACCAAAUCUCAAACAGUGGGAGAUGACACAAAGGAUGUAAAUUCUCACCGCAGUGUCCCUCCCAGCGCCGGGACUAAAUCCAUUUGGAAAGCCUUUGGAAAUUCCAGUGGAACUUCGAGUGCUGUCAGCGAGUUGGACGACGCGGAUAAGGAAGUGCGCUCUUUGACCGCUCGGACUUUCCGCAGCCUUGCUUGCGCCGGUGACGAAUAUCUCGACACUUUCAGCGCCGACUGCAGGACAUCCACCGAGCAGUCGUCGGACGAGAUCGUUGCGCUCAACCGCUGCGCCACUUACAUCGACCUCAAGUGCCGCAACACUGCGGGCGAGAAAGGGCAGGUUGAGUUUCCGACCAAAAGUGCAAAAUCAGGCGUUAGGCAAGGAAGCGGAAACCAACGCGAAGAAUCAACGCACCUUCCUACUCCCGUUAACACGAAGCAUGGAAACCCGGCGGACAAGCAACCCUCCAAAAAGCAACUGCAUCUGUCCGGGAAAUUUGAACAGAUUGGAUCCAGGGUCAUAACUUUAACUGAGACCUUAAACUUCAGAUACGAUGUCAAGGAGCACAUCUCAGGCAGGAGAGAGAGCGAAAGGCGAGUGGAGUUGGCCCGAGGUGUGGUCGGAUCGCGUUGCGCCGAUGAGGUUACCGAGUGCAUGCCAAGGGAGGAGGGAGGCGAAAGCAUUAGGGGGAUCAGCAAGACAGCGGAGGCAAUGGAUGGCGCACAGAAGAAAUCCAAGUUCGCCUCCAAUCUCUUGCAAAAUGUCAUCUGGAAGAAAAUGCAAUUCGAACAGGAGCUCAAGAUGGAGCGGGGGGAGAUUACUGACACAUCGUUCGCCGGUCGAACGAGUCCAUCUGCCGCCGAAUUUCCUAAGGCACCUCCGCUGCAGCGUGAGGUGGAACCGAAUUCCAACAGGCUUUCCGGCGGAAGCGUGGAGACUUCCCCCGUCCCGGUGGAGAGCGCCGGAGAAGCUGCACCCUGUGACCACCCUUCGGCGCCAAGUAACGCCCGGCUGACGACAGGUGAGUCCGGGGACGGGUGCAAGGGCACAUUGCAACGGAGUCAGCACAGCGCUUUCAGAUCGUGGAAGGAGGGUGAGCAGCAAACGCCCGGUCCCGGCAACAAGCCGGCGCAGCGCGUCCGUGCGGAAAUUGGUGGCCACCCGCUCUGCAAAGAUACUAAAAUGUCUCACCUCUUCGUGCCCAGCAUCCAUAAGGCUCCCGGUAGCGGCAGAAGCGAACCGUUGGCGGCCAAUGUCAAAAACACGAUGACGGAGGGUGAGCAAAUCCUGGCGGCGGGUGGCGAUGGCGACAUACUUUCCAGGUCGCCCGAGAUCAAGAUCCGACUGAGGAACGUUAAGGGCGCAGGGCAGAGCCCGUUCAGCAUCGCUAAGCUGCUGACGCCCAAACUGACGGGCGGCACCGGCGGCCCCAGCAAGGGGACGAGCGAUGGCAGGUGUCCGGCGGCGGGCGGGGAGCGCGCGGACGAUGGCCGUGUGCGCGCGCCGCCCUUUACUGUGCGCGAUGUCCGCGACAACAUCCACAAGCUGCAGGCGCCCAUCCACCAGGUGAGGGACGUGAGGAAGCUGGUCAAGAGCUCCUACCAUGUCAUGACGCUAGACGGCGGUGGUCUGGGUCCGAGUCCAGGCGUCGAGCCGGCGGCCGAGCAACGAGGGGGCGGGGGCGGCGGCGGAGCCCCGCUGCCCAUCGUCAUCAAGUGCCAGGCAGUCAGCAGGAAGGAGCUGCCUGGGGUCCGGCCCGAGGUCGAGGACGCUGAGCCUGCCAUGAAGAGCGGUUCGGUCUUCGUGCACAGGGCGUCCGGGCGCCUUCCACUCCACGAGGCGGCGGGCAGCCGGGGUCCGGUCGGGAGUCCGCCGGCGGCCGAGAAGCGAGGAGGAGGCAGCGCCAGGGCGGCGAGUAGCAACCAGCUGGCGCUAGAGAAGCUGACAGCGGCCGUCCGGAGCAUGGAGCAGCUCUAUGUCUUCGACAACAACGAAUGGAGGCGCAAGAACGAAAAGGGCCCGGGGCCCGGGCCCCUGGCGGGCAGUCAUGUGCUGUCACUAAUUGCCAGCGAGGAGUCGUCGAGCUCGAGUGCGGUUGUCACGCCGGGCGGCGGUGGACCAGCCCGGGCCGAGCAGGAACACCUUCCCUCCAAGGAGGCGACGCGCGCGGCUGUCAAGCCACCGCCCGCUCCGGUGGUCGCCGCCGCCCGAUGUCAGGACCGCGACCCACCCAAACCGCCACCGUCUCUCCCUUCCGUUCCGCCAGCGGCGGGCGGGGCUGCCCGGGGCGUCAUGCCGCAACUCUUCGCCGUGGCGCCGGUAGCCCCGCAGCCCUCGCCGUUGGCCGCCGGCAGGAAGGCUGUGGUCGGGUCGCCGCCAGAUUUUCGCCUGUCGCACACGCAGCCACGUCCGGCUCAGGAGGAGAGCGAGAAGACCAGCAAGGCGGCAUCCCAGCAGAAGCCGCCCCUUCCCCCGCCGCCGCCCGAGCACGAGAACUACCUGACCAUCCCGGUAAAGAAGCCACCCGCCGCCGCCCGCGAGCCGUCGCCUCCUGUUGUCUACCAGCACCAGCAGGCUCAGCUCGUCCGCCUCACGCCGCCGCUCAGCCCGGGGAAGGUACAACCGGUGCCGCCCGUUCUGAUGGACAGCCCCUCGAUGCCUUAUUUCCCAGUGCCGCAGACCCAGCGGAGGAUGUUGCUGGACCCCGCCACCGGCCAGUACUACCUGGUGGACACGCCAGUGCAGCCCGCCCGCAGGCGGCUCUACGACCCAGAGACCGGUCAGUACGUGGAUCUCCCGCUGCCUCAACAACCGGUGGCCUCUAUGCCAGUGCCCAUGUCACCUAUUGCAAUCAACCCUGGCACCUACGGACCCACCUACAUGAUCUACCCUGGUUUCCUGCCGCCACCAACCAUGCUGCCCACCCUUCCACCCGCCCCGGAUACAGAAUACAGCGAGGCCGGCAAAGGCAGCGGCGUCCCGAAGCCUCAAACUGAGCCCCAGUACUUGGAGAGUCCUUAUUACUUCCCAACGGGAAAAUCCAUAACCAGCGGCCAGACUACGACGGGCAGAGUUUGUAAGGGGCCGUCGGAGGCGAAACCCGUUAUCAGCAUCACUUCCCAGCAGGGACCUCGGAUCAUCGCCCCUCCUUCCUUUGAUGGAACGACCAUGAGUUUUGUAGUCGAGCACAGAUGAGGACUCGUCCCACGCCCCGCGAGGAGAUGAGAAUGAAGAAAUUUGUAAGAAGAUUGCUUUGCAAAGCAAGGAAACUUUUUUAAAACAUCCUUAAUAUUUUCCUAUUCUAAAAUGUAGUUAUGUGUGUUUACUAUAAUUGCAUUACUGUUCAGAAUAAAACCAAGCUCCUUUUUUUUUUGGAAACAUAUACAAAGGUUAUUUUAUGCCAAAUCAUCAAUGCUUACAACCAACACUGGCUAUAUCUGAGUUUUCACUCAACACAGUUUUUAAAAUGGUUUGUAAAUGGAGUAAAGUUUGUGUGUUACAGCACUUGAGCUGUAUGAGGGUCAGUGCAGUGAGCACUUGAUAAGCUAAUGUCCUGCUUUUGAACAUUUAGCAAUACUCAGUGAUCCUGCCCAAAAGUGUGCUUGUUCUGUAUUUGCAAUGCCAGAGGACUCAAGAAGAUACUAUUGCAGUCAAAACCUUAUUUAUUUUCUCUGAUGAACUGUAAGAAACAAGAAAGUGAAGGAUAAUGUUGUCUGCUUGAUAGUGAUUCCCCAGGUCCAUACCUCAACCGUGCAAACUUUUAUAGAUACUUCAAAGCAUCAAUCUUUAGCAAGAGAACUGUACAGAAUGUGUCUCUGCUUCGCAGAGUUCCUUGUCUGAUUUUAGAGUAUUAAACUUUGAUUCAAGUUCUCUGACCUUGUUCUAGAAAUAACUAGAUGCACAUUUCAUCACAACUUUGUGACUAUUUGGGGAUUACUGCACCUCAUUGUAUGGAAGAAUUUUGUUUGAAGCUGCUUAACUUUUUUUUAAGCAAAGAAGUCAAUUGAGUUAGCAUUUGGUUUCCAUGAAUGGUUCAGUGUUCAUUUUCAAACACUGAAAUGGUGUAAGCUGCACAGAUCCCAACCACAGAUAAGAAUAAAGUCAGCCACAUUAAGCACAAUAAUAGUAAUGAUAGAAAAUUGUACCCUUGGUAUUUUAUUGCAAACCCUUUCCAUUUUGCUGUUUAUCAUUAUAGUCACUUAAUACAACUUGCUUUCUAACCAGGGAGUCAAUCCUCUGGGUGCACUUAAUUAAGAUAUAUUGCGAUGAUCUGCGCUGGAAGUGUAAUAUUAUUAUAACCAAUCCCAUUUAUACAUUUGCUUUAACCAUCCAGCUGGAAUCUACAUUUAAAUUUGCAGCCUGAAAUCAGGAUUUCCAAGCAAUCAGCACAGAAUACUGUGCAUAUAGAAUACAGCUAUAUCUUAGUGCUUGCAUUUCAGGUUACAAUUUCAGAUUUCCUGGUUACUGUAGUCUCAUAGUCCAUAGUAGUAUUUAUGUAUAUGGAUGACCCUCUCAACUUAUCAGGGAAUGUGUGGUCAGAUACAGAGCCUCCCUGUUUACAUCAUUUCCAACAUUUCUCAGGGCUUCUAUCAAUACUGUUUGCACUACUGUUGUAUCAGGUGGGAAAUACCAGUUACAUAUCAUAUCACCACUAAGGCAAUAACUUACUCAAUUUUUAAAUGAAUGUUGGAAAUACUCAGAUGCUUGCAGCAAUGAGAGGCUCUGUCUGCCCCUUUUUAUAGCCAGUAGUUCUCCGGCAGACAUUUCAUUUGUCCCCAUGGUGACAAUAAUGGCAGUCAGUGAGUGGCAGCGAUGGUGUUGGGGCAGUGCCUUUUAACAGGCACACCUGUUUCACUGCACACUUUGCGUAAAGCACUUUGCUGAGGCUCAGUUUCUUAGAGAGACAUUCCCAGCAUUCAUGGAGGAUUUGUCUGGAAGCCACCGCUCAGAUUUGGGUGAUUUCCAAUUUGUUUAUUGAGAUGGUUUCCAACUUCCCUUCCCAGGAACAUCUGCAGAGAAAUCCCACAAAUUCAAUGAAUUUUCAAAUGCUCUUGGCUGAUCCCUAAAAUCCCUCUGGCCAUUUAACGCAAAUGAACCUGUAACAGCUCACAAUAGAACUGACCAAUCAGUCCACCUCCUGUACUUUUGCUGUGGUUCUGAGAAUUAGCCUCUCUAAAAUGUCCAGCUGUUUCAGACAUGGCGUCAAUGUUCAGAAGGGUGCUGUGGAUAAGGGGCUUCAGUUUUGCAGAGACUGAAGGAGCGGUGUUUGGUCUUGGAAGAGAAGAUAAGGGGGAGAGUUAAUAGAGCUGUGCGAGGUAGGAAGGGUUUUGAUGGAAUAAACCUGGAAACACUGUCUCGUGUUGUGAGAAGGAUCAGUAAGCAGAGGCGCAAAGUUUAAAGGCAUCAAUUAUACAGCCAUGAGAAAACUGGGGAUUUUUUUGUAGUAAGCUAUGAUACGGAAUGCAUUGAAUGAAAUCAGAAGCUGAACAUUCAAUUGUAAACAUCAACAGGGCAUUGUAAAAAUGCUUGAGGGGUAAGAGGUACCCUGAUAUGCCCAGUACCCUCUUUACAUGUGGUAGCAUUUUAAGUGUUUCUCUCUAAUCCACUCUAGUCCUGCAAGGCUCCAGGAUCCUGCAUUCAUCUUUUGGGCUGAUUGAUAAUCCCUGAUUGCAAAUUCUUAACCACUGCUGGACUUGCCUUUGGCUCGCAAAGUCCUAAACUCUGGAACUUAUACCCUAACUUCUGUACCUGACUCUCCUACCCCAAGAUGCUUUUUCAACCUCCCUCUUUGACCAGGCUCAUAAGCAGUUGUUCCAUAUACUGUACUUCUUUUGUCUGUGUUAGAUAAAAACAAAUGUAGAACUGUGGUGUUAUGGAACAUAUAUUGCUACCAUUUUAGCCCAUAGUAUGUGCACUUUCAGAUGAAGUAGUCCAAAUGGCAUCAAACAAACAUUUUAUGUACUUGGAAGUCACAAAGCAGAAAUGUCAAAAUCCCACUCCAUUCAGCACUUAGUAUAAAAUAUGUUGCUCUGAAGUUAGGGCAAGGCCUUUUGGGGGAGAUCAGGAAACACCUCUAUGGAUAAAGGGCAGUAAAAGUUAAGUGUUGGGUUUUGCUGAUCUUAUUUACUGUUGUGGUUUUUUAAUGAUAGGGUUUGGCUGGUCUUAAAGUGGUUCCUGCCAAAUAGUAACCAGGAUAGUUUCUUGUCUAAAAUUUGGCUGUCAUUCAACAAUCUCUCUGAUGGUUUUACUCCUUGAGACCUUCAGCAAGGGAAUGAAAAUUAUGCAAUAACAGGUGCAUGUCUCAGGCUAACAUUACAGUGGUUGGGGAUGAAAUUAAUUUUGUGAAUAAAAGAGAAUUUCUUUCUCUAUAAUUACUGAUUGCAAACAUUUUUGGAGCUGCAAACAUUUUUUUUGAGAUUGUCAUGAGAAGCAGAGGCAGAGAAGAGACAUUUUCCAUGUAAACCCAUGCUAUCCAUUGUCCUCAUCUACACUAUUUCCCAUCCCUGAAUGCCCUUAAGAAGAAUGCACCUUCUUGAAUUACCGCAAUCCUUAAGUGCAGUUCAGAAAGGAACUCCCGGUGACUUUGACGGACCAGUGAUAAUUUUCCAAAUCAGGAUGGUGUGUGACUCGGGAACUCGUGGGUGGCAGUGUUCCCACGUGCCUGACACCCUUCUGAUUCACAGCGGUAGAGGUUGUGAGUUUGCAAUUUGUAUUUUGUAGCUGGUACGCACAACAUCCACUAUAUGUUGGUGGUGGAGAGAACGAAUGUUUAGCUUGUCAGAAAGAGUCACCUGGAUUAGUCUUUUUUUUAUCUUGCAUGGCGCUAAACUUCUGGAAAUUUGUUGGAACUGCAGUCAUCCAGGCAAGUGGAGGGGUGGCUAUUGUGCAUUGCUGAUGAUGGAAAAGCUUAGAAGGUAAGUCAUUCAUCAUGGCCACUUGGUGACUAUUUCAGUUGAUUUUCUGGUUACUGGUGACAGCUGUAUUGAUGGUUGGAGACUGGGUGAUGGAAAUGUCACUGAGUGUCAGGAGGAGGUGCUUGAGCUUUGCCUUCACCCCCAAUCCGCCUCCUUUGGAAAACUCAUCGCAGCUCAGGGCAAGCCAAAGUUUUGUGCUCGGACUGCAGGAAAUCCCUCAAGCCAAGUUGGAUGAAGGUUGAACAUUCAUCUUCUAUAUCUACCUGAAUUCCUUUUUUUUUCAAAUUCAAUUUAGUAGUUGUUUCUUUGAAAAGCACAGAAGGAAAGGGAACACCACCAGAUCAACUUCUCUGCUCUGGGAAGUUCAGAUAGAGGAGUUCUGACAAAAGGUCAUCAGCUCUAUUUCUCUCUACAGACAUUGCCCGAGUAUUAUUAAUGUUCAUCAUUUAUAGUUAAUAUCUCCAGCAUCUGCAGUUUUUCUUUUUUUUUGAGAGUAGUUCUUGGCUGUCAGAGAAAACAGAAGAGGAAUUUUCCUGGGUCCUUAGAAAUCAGAUGGGUAGGAUGUUCCCUUUAUUAAACCCAUUCAAUUUUCUUAAUUCAAAGCAAAGAUGUUCUUUGGGAAUUACCAUAAGACCAUAAGACAAAGGAGCAGAAGUCGGCCAUUCGGCCCAUCGAGUCUGCUCCGCAUUUUAUCAUGAGCUGAUCCAUUCUCCCAUUUAGUCCCACUCCCCCGCCUUCUCACCAUAACCUUUGAUGCCCUGGCUACUCAGAUACCUAUCAAUCUCUGCCUUAAAUACACCCAAUGACUUGGCCUCCACUGCUGCCCGUGGCAACAAAUUCCAUAGAUUCACCACCCUCUGGCUAAAAAAAGGAAAGUCCAUCAGGGAAAGUCCCCCAUCUCUCCACACCCAAUAAUUAUUAAUGAUACUAUUCAUCUAUUUAAAGUACCUCUUAAAGCAGUGAAAUUUACAUACAUACCCAUACCCCUUAAGAGAGAAUAUCAAAUGGGUGUUGUCAUAGUUUGUGUCCUGACUUUCUGUAUACUGACUUGCCCCUUGCAGUCUAGAAAACCUCAGCAGUGGAGCAGGAGAAAGUUCAAACACUCCCUUGCAACUGAACUGGCUGUGAAAGAGUAUACAGAAGUGAAAGUUUGCAAUGUUACAUCCUCAGGGAAAGAUCUGCACAACAACAGGGGAGAAAAAAAAACACAUUGUUUUGGCCACAACAUUAGAGCAUUCCAUUCCACAUUUGUUGACACCACUCUGAAGUAUUUGUAAAAUGAUAGGGCAAGUGGCUCAAAUACCAGCUCAGUCAGUUGAACAAGGAGGGAGUUCCAAAUCUGGCACUGUCCCUGUCUGGUUUAAGAUGUUACAUUAUUUGUGUGGAAUGUGAACUGUUCACAACUGUUGUCAAAUUUCAAAAGCUGCUGAGGCUCGAAACUUUGUUGAAAUUGCCUGUGUUUUUCUUCUAAUUCUUUUCCGUCACCUUGGUUGGUGCUUUCAGUGAACUACUUAAAAGCUCAAGUACAAAACCACUGCCCUGGGUGGAUUGUGAUAUACCUUUGUACACCCUCCCUCCACCCAGCUGAAUUUUGUCAUGUUUGCCUUCUGCAAUCGCACUGUUGAAGUUUGAUAUUGUCUAGUAUUUACACUGUUUCCCAAGUAUGCAAAGUGUGUGAGAGCAUGUGAGAAGAUGGUACGAGAUGCGAGGAAGAUGGCUGGUGCUGCCACCCAACUGUGAAGCCACCUGGGAUGAUUGAACACAAAGCAGCAGAAAGAGGAGCAGUUGGUUGAGAGCACGAAUGGGGUAGACAUGAAAGGAAAUGAAAUUGAAGAGGAAUUUAACUGCAAAAGUGGACAGAGGAAAAUCAGCCUGAAAAGUUCUCAUAAUUAAGGAUGAAGCAACAUAAAGACAUUGUUACAAAACUGGAAAUUGCACUAGUCCAGUGUUGCACAAAAGGAAAGUAUUUUUAAACAGUGUUAAUAGAUGGAUUGUUUCAUAUCCCUUUAUAAAGCCAAUAUGGAAACAAAUGUAUUAGCCAAUGAUUUGUAUGUAUUGGAUUUGCCUAAUAAAACUCAUGUAAUUUUCCA